UAAAGUUAGCUUCCUGAAAAGGUUUUGGAGACAUGCCUUGAUAUUGGUACAGAAAGUCUUGAGAGAUAUUUAUAUUUCUGUGAUUGUUUCGUAUUUCUCUGGUGGUCCUUAGCUUUUGCAUUUAGGACCUGGAGACUGAAAUAGCAUAAUGAAGUUUGAGGUGCCAGAAGGAUUUGAAGACGUUGCAGUUGGAUUUUCAAGGGAGGAGUGGGACCUACUGAGUGACCAUGAGAAAGAGUUACACAGGGAGGUGAUGGUCCAGAACUAUGAGAACAUGAUUUCUGUAGGUUACAACAUCCCAGUGGACCAACUCUGGUUAUUUAUUAAGAAAGAUGAGACAAUUCCACCUGGUGACAGUGACGGAGGAAUAACGGUUCAACAAACGCAGCUUCCUGGUAACAGCGCUGACAUCAGCAGGAAUUCAGAUUUCAGUGAAAUUCAAGAUCAACUGCCAUCAUAUGGAAUAUGCGAGAACUUUGGAUGUCACAAAGCUUUUCCAGAUGAUGUAUUUAGUACAAGAUAUGACCAGGUGCAAACUAAAAAACAAUACUAUAACUGUAUGGAAAGCACUGAUGGGUUUGUACAGAAAACUAAACUUGAAAUGCAUCUGAAAACUCCUGGAGAAGAAAAUGUCUGCAGAUGGGUUAAUUCCAGCAACACAUUACCCCCUCAUAGUGGCAUUUUGAAUCAUAGUGGGAAAAAUCAGAAGAACACGUUGGGAACAGAUGAACCUGUUUUCAGGAGGCAGAAGCUAGAUACAUACGUGGCACCUGUUAAGGGAAAAGGUGACCCUCACAUACAGGUCACGUGUUUCACAAAGAAGGCAGAGUUAGUAGACCACCAGUAUAUCAACAAUGAAGAAGAAAAAGUAUAUAAGUGUGCUGUGUGUGACAAGGUUUUUGUACAUAAGAGUAACAUGAUAAAACACCAAUAUACUCACACCAAACAAAGUCCACACAGAUGUGAUGUAUGUGACAGGUGUUUUGUAGGUAAGUGGUACUUAAUACAGCAUCAGAAUAGCCACACUGGGGAAAAACCCUAUAACUGUACAAUCUGUGACAAGCGGUUUAUAUAUCAGAAGUCUAUGGUAAGGCAUCAGAGCAGCCACACAGGGAAGAAACCUUAUAAAUGCCCUACAUGUGGAAAAGAAUUUACACAGAAGUGUAACAUGAGAGAACAUCAGUAUGUCCAUUCUGGGCAAAAGCCGUAUAAAUGCACCAUAUGUGACAAGAGUUUUGUAUCGAAGAGAACCAUAGUAAGACAUCAGAGCAUCCACACUGGACAGCAGCCCUAUAAGUGCACUAUGUGCGAUAAGAGGUUUACACAGAAGAGUGCUAUGGUAACGCAUCAAAUCAUCCAUACUGGGGAGAAACCCUUUAAAUGUACCACAUGUGGCAAGAGUUUUGCACACAAAUGUAGCAUGCAGCAACAUCAACAUGUCCACAGUGGGCAUAGAUCCUAUAAAUGCUCCAAGUGUGACAAGAGUUUUAUGUGGAAGAGCAAUAUGGAAAGGCAUCAGAGCAGCCACAGUAGGCAGAAACCCUUUAAAUGUGCCACAUGUAACAAGAGUUUUGCAAGGAAGAGUAAUAUGAUUCAGCAUCAGUAUAUCCAUACGGGACAGAAACGCUAUAAAUGUUCCACUUGUGGUGAGGGUUUUACAAGGAAGGGUAGGAUGAGACAACACCAGCAUGAUCAUUGUGGGGAGAAAUUAAACAAAAAACAGAAACUCUAUAAUUGUGCCACAUGUGGCAAAGUUUUUAUAAAAAAGAGUAGCUUGAGGCAACAUGAGUAUGUUCACAGUGAGCAAAAGCCCUAUACGUGCACGAGGUGUAACAAGAGUUUUAGAUGGAAAAACAGUAUGAUAAGGCAUCAGAACACUCACACUGUACAAAAAGAGAGAAAUUGAAACAAAGUUAAGAAAAGCCUCUAAUUGGAAAACCCCAGGCCCAGAUGAGUACGUAACUUUUGGCU